AUGUGGGAGUGUGAGUGGGACCGUCUGGUAGACAACGAGCCUGCCGUGUCUCAGUUUCUUCGUUCAUUCGAUUUGGUCGCGCCCUUGGAACCCCGUGAGGCCUUUUUCGGGGGCCGAACAGGUGCGGUGGCCCUGCAUGCUGUGGCUGGGGAGGGCGAGCAAAUACGCUAUCUGGACGUCACCUCCCUGUACCCGUGGGUGAACAAGAACUGCCCUUACCCCAUCGGUCAUGCGCAGAUCAUCACGCAGCCCGUCGAUCAGUCCCUGGGGUCGUAUUUUGGUAUCGCCACGGUGGACAUUCUUCCCCUUGCUGGUUUGUUUCACCCCGUCUUGCCCGUGCGCAGUGGGAACAAACUCACCUUUCCUCUCUGCCGCACCUGUGUCCAGGAAGAGCAGGCCAAACCCAUGUUGAGUCGCCACCAUUAUUGUCCUCAUUCCGACGCUGAUCGCACGCUGCGCGGGACCUGGUGCACCCCCGAGCUGGUCAAAGCCGUGGAAAAGGGGUACACCCUGGUCAAGAUCCACGAAGUCUGGCAUUUUCCCCCCGAGCAACGCAGGACGGGUCUUUUUGCUGAUUACGUCAACACAUGGUUAAAGUUAAAACAAGAGUCGGCUGGGUGGCCGAGUUGCUGCCAGACCUUGGAACAAAAACGAGAGUACAUUCUUCGCUACCAGGAGCGGGAGGGGAUCCGACUGGAUAUUGCCAGCAUUGCCAAAAAUCCUGGACGAAAGGCCACAGCCAAGUUAAUGCUCAACAGGUACCUGUUCCAUUUUUUUUCCUUUUUCAUGUUGUCAUCCCACCCCUUCUCAUGGUUUUUUUUUUUGCAGUUUCUGGGGCAAAUUUGGUGAGCGGAGCAACAAACCCACCACCGUCACCGUCAAGGACCCUGCCCAUUUGUUCAGUCUGAUCUCGGAUGCCGCCCUAAACAUCAGCACUCUCCGAUUGUGUACCGAUGACCUCUUGGAGGCUGUCUACAUCAGUGUCGAUGACAAUGCGGUCAAAGGCACCAAAACCAACAUCUUUGUGGCGGCCUUCACCACCUGUCACGCCCGGUUGAAACUCUACGAGUCUCUCGACACUCUUCAACAGCAAGUGCUUUAUUAUGACACGGACAGUGUGGUCUACCGAUGGCGUCCGGGUCAACCCUCCAUCACCACAGGUGAUUUUCUGGGGGACAUGACCGACGAAUUAGAUGGUGACGUCAUCACCGAGUUCGUUUCUGGGGGCGCUAAGAAUUACGGGUACACGACACGGCAGGGUAAAGUGGUGUGUAAGGUCCGAGGAUUCACCCUGAAUGUUCGCGGCGCAGCUGUCCUGAAUUUUCAGACCAUGAAAGACAAUAUUUUGGCUGAAUUGGAGAACCCACUGGAUCAUCGGCGUACCACCAAUGUGGUAACGCCAUAUUAUUUUCAAAGAGAUUUAGAACAAAAACGAAUCAAAGUGGUUCCACGCAUCAAACAAUAUGGUCUCGUCUUCGACAAACGUGUCAUCAACACGGACACUAAAUCCAGUUAUCCUUACGGCUAUGAGAGAAUUGGGCAGGACGUGGAACUCUUGCUGGAUUUGUAA